CUCCUGGCGGCGUUGCCGUGGAGACGGAGCUCGCUGUGUGGAUGUGGCAACUCGCCGAAGCACAGCCUUUGCAGACUAUCUGCAGCGGGGGCUCACAGGACCGACGCCAAGAUGAUGCUUUCAAGGGCCAAACCCGCUGUGGGCGGGGAGUCACCGCACACUGACAAAAGAAAGAAGAAAGGGAGGAAGAUUCCAAAACUAGAGGAUCUACUUUCGCAGAGAGAUUUCACUGGCGCUAUUACCCUAUUGGAGUUCAAGCGCCAUGUUGGGGAGCAAGAAGACGACAGUAACUUAUGGAUUGGAUACUGUGCUUUUCACCUGGGUGACUACAAGAGAGCUUUGGAGGAAUAUGAAAACGCAACGAAGGAGGAAAAUUGCAAUCCAGAAGUGUGGGUGAACUUGGCCUGCACCUACUUUUUUCUUGGGAUGUAUAAACAAGCAGAAGCUGCUGGGUUUAAAGCUCCAAAAAGCCGGCUCCAAAACCGCCUACUGUUCCAUCUGGCUCACAAGUUUAAUGAUGAGAAGAAAUUAAUGAACUUUCAUCAGAAUCUUCAGGAUAUCAAGGAAGACCAGCUUAGUUUGGCCUCAAUCCACUACAUGCGAUCCCAUUACCAAGAAGCUAUUGAUAUAUACAAGCGGAUCCUGCUGGACAACAGGGAAUACCUGGCCCUCAAUGUGUAUGUGGCCCUCUGCUACUACAAACUGGAUUACUAUGAUGUGUCUCAAGAAGUCCUGGCUGUUUACCUUCAGCAGAUUCCUGACAGUACCAUCGCCCUCAACCUUAAGGCCUGCAAUCACUUUCGCCUUUAUAACGGCAAAGCAGCUGAGGCAGAGCUCAAAAGCUUGAUGGACAAUGCAUCUUCACCCUUUGAAUUUGCUAAAGAACUCAUCAGGCACAAUCUGGUUGUUUUCCGAGGAGGCGAAGGGGCUUUGCAGGUUUUACCUCCCCUGGUUGACGUCAUUCCUGAAGCUAGGCUCAACCUAGUGAUUUACUACCUUCGUCAAGAUGAUGUGCAGGAAGCCUAUAAUUUAAUCAAGGAUUUGGAACCUACUACACCUCAGGAGUAUAUCCUCAAGGGAGUUGUCAAUGCAGCCCUUGGCCAGGAAAUGGGUUCAAGGGAUCAUAUGAAAAUUGCCCAGCAGUUUUUCCAGUUGGUAGGAGGAUCAGCUAGUGAAUGUGAUACAAUACCAGGAAGGCAGUGCAUGGCUUCUUGUUUCUUCCUACUUAAACAAUUUGAUGAUGUCUUGAUUUACCUCAACUCUUUUAAGAGUUACUUCUAUAAUGAUGACAUCUUUAACUUUAAUUAUGCCCAAGCCAAAGCUGCAACAGGCAAUACCAGUGAGGGUGAAGAGGUUUUCCUCUUGAUCCAAAGUGAGAAACUGAAAAAUGAUUACAUUUAUCUUAGCUGGUUAGCUCGCUGCUAUAUUAUGAAUAAGAAACCAAGACUAGCUUGGGAACUUUAUCUCAAGAUGGAAACCUCUGGCGAGUCUUUCAGCCUCUUACAGCUCAUUGCCAAUGACUGUUACAAGAUGGGCCAGUUCUACUAUUCAGCCAAAGCUUUUGAUGUCUUAGAAAGACUGGAUCCCAACCCUGAAUACUGGGAAGGCAAGAGGGGUGCCUGUGUGGGCAUUUUCCAGAUGAUUUUAGCUGGGAGAGAACCCAAAGAGACCCUCCGAGAAGUGCUGCAUUUACUGAGAAGCACAGGAAACACCCAAGUGGAGUAUAUCAUCAGGAUCAUGAAGAAGUGGGCCAAGGAGAAUAGAGUGCCCAUCUAAGCAGCCAAACCCUAGGCCAGGACCAGCUUCCUCUCAAGUCAAAUUGGAACUGUUUUCCUGCACUUGAAUAUGCAAUCCGGGAUCCUGCUUGAUUGACAUGUCCUUCCUUGCUCUUAGAGCAUUAGGAUGAGUGGGUGGUAUGUGUGGACUUAGCCAUCAGGCAGCAGGAGCUGACACCCAAUGUCAUCUACUGGUGAAAGUUUGUUGGCCUUCCCUGGUGCCUUUCCUCCCUAAUCACCCUCAGCACUAGUCUGUAAUUUACUGGCUUUAGGAAUAGAUACUAGUUUUGUUUUUCUUUCUCUGUUAGCAUUUCAGGACAUAUUUUUUUUUCUUUUCUUUUUUUCUUUUC